GUGAGAUAAUGUAGAUGCAUGGCUAAGUCAGCAAGGCCUGGACUCGUUUAAUUGGAUUAAAGACUUGAAAGGUUGGUCAGCAGUUCUUGGUGUUAUUUUACUCCCUGCAGCAGGAUUUAAUGUGACACUGAUUUCUUUUAAGGUGGAAAGUCUUAAAUAAGUUCCCAAAUCACAUUUAUUGGCUGAUUAUUGCUCAUGUUUGGUUGCCAAACUAAAGUGGUACAAGGAGGCAGGAUUUAAACAUUUUCUUCCGCCUUUUAACUUCCUUGUUCGGCUCUGUAAAGACAAACAAAGGCGCUCAGAGUUUCGUCUGCUCUGUUUUUCAGUGAUAAACUUCCUGAUACCUGCCAGGCGCGCGCGCGCACGCACGCACACACACACACACACGCUGCUGCCGGUGUGCGUCUCCGCUCUGCUCCUUUAAAAACGCAGCAGCUAGCCCACGCCUCGCUCGAAAAGCGGCUUGUUCCGGCUUGCCCCUUUACAUCUCUUUUAUCCUUGCUCGCCACGUUAAAAUAGUGCCUUCCGACAGUUACACACCGUCUUUUGCGCUAAGCGAAAAAAUGCCAAAUUCAGCCGCAUCCCAGGUGGAGCGUGCUUGAUGCGUGCGAAACUCCCAGUGCCCUGCAGCAGCAGCUCUACGUGCAGUUUCAGCACCAUCACUGCUGGCGGAGCGAUACCGUCCAUCCUCUCUCCUCUGCGUCGGUUUGACAGGCGGAGGGUGUGUGGCUCAGCGUACCUGAGUGUUGUCCGUCACGUCCUGGAUCUAAAGGGGGCAGAGCAGGAUCUGGACCGAGGCACCUGUGCUGCGCUGAAAUGCAGUGCCAAAUCACUCUGGCACCAACAGCCGCCCAUCUGCUGCGGAUGCUUUGCAACUGAUCAUCAUCUUCUUCUUUUGAUGCGUUCAUGUGCAUGGGCGUCCAUGGAAAUGUUUACUCUUUGGUGUUGAGAGUCCUAGUUGGCGUGCAUCUGCUGCGACUUGUGACAUGCAUUCCCCCUGAGAUCCGUGACGCCUCCUUCAGCGGCGUGGUGGCAGGAUGCCAGUGCAGGCAGCCCAGUGGACAGAAUUCCUGUCCUGUCCCAUCUGCUACAAUGAAUUUGACAGCAGGAGCCACCAGCCCAUCAGCCUGGGCUGCUCCCACACGGUAUGCAAGACGUGCCUCCACAAGCUGCACCGCAAGGCCUGCCCCUUCGACCAGACGCCGAUCAGCACCGACAUCGACCUGCUGCCAGUCAACUGCGCCCUACUGCAGCUGGUCGGAGCCCUGGUCCCAGAUGUUCCACCGGUGAGCCUGAGCAGUGCAACAGAUGUUGAGCACUAUGAGGUCUGCAGACUGUGUGUGGAAGAGCUGGCUCUCUACCUGAAACCUAUCAGCAGCGCCAAAGCUGUGGCUAACCUCACUCCGAGCAUGCUCAGUCGGCCCAUGCAGAGAAAGCUGGUGACCCUUGUGAACUGCCAGCUGGUGGAGGAGGAGGGCCGAGUUAGGGCGGUGAGAGCAGCCCGCUCCCUGGGGGAACGGACAGUAACCGAGCUCAUCCUGCAGCACCAGAACCCCCAGCAGCUUUCGGCCAACCUCUGGGCAGCAGUGAGGGCGCGGGGCUGCCAGUUUCUGGGACCUGCAAUGCAAGAAGAUGCGCUGAAGCUGGUUCUACUGGCUCUGGAGGAUGGGUCUGCUCUCUCCAGGAAGGUGCUGGUUUUGUUUGUGGUCCAGAAGCUUGAGGCUCGGUUCCCCCAGGCAUCCAAAACCAGCAUAGGCCAUGUGGUGCAGCUCCUCUACAGGGCCUCCUGCUUUAAGGUGACCAAGCGUGACGAAGACUCCUCACUGAUGCAGCUGAAGGAGGAGUUUCGUACCUAUGAGGCGCUGAGGAGGGAACACGACGCUCAGACUGUACACAUCGCCAUGGAGGCCGGCCUUCGGAUCUCACCUGAGCAGUGGUCUUCUCUGUUAUAUGGAGACCUGGUCCACAAGUCCCAUAUGCAGUCCAUCAUUGACAAAUUGCAGUCACCAGAGUCUUUUGCGAAGAGUGUUCAGGAGCUGACGAUAGUUCUGCAGAGGACCGGAGACCCUGCCAACCUCACAAGCCUUAGACCUCACUUGGAGCUGCUAGCCAACAUAGACCACAACCCUGAUGCGCCGGUGCCAUCGUGGGCAGAGCUGGAGAGUGUGAUGCAGGCGGUGAAGCUGGUGGUCCAUGGUCUGGUUGAAUUCAUGCAGAACUUCAGCAAAAAGAGUCACGACACCCCACAGCCUCAAGUCAACAGCAAGUACAAGACCAGCAUGUGCAGAGAUCUCCGUCAGCAGGGAGGCUGUCCGCGAGGAACCAACUGCACUUUCGCACACACGCAGGACGAGCUAGAGAAAUUUAGAUUAAAGAACAAAAAGAGCAGCAGCAGCGUGGUCCGUGCGUUCCCGUCAGCCGGUAAAGGCAUCAGUGACCCAACGGAGAGCUCGGCCGCCAUGACGGAGGGAGUGGCUGGCUUGAGUCACCCACAGCUGAUCCCCAGAGGGUCGAGCAGUACCAUAGAGGAAGGGAAGAGAGCUUUGUCCAAUGGAACCAGUGGGAUCAAUGGGUCCAACGGUCUCUCUGGGACCAACAGAAACACAUCAGGGUCAACAGAGCAGAAGCCCAUCUCUCCUGCCAGGCCACCAGUUAGCCUCUCAUCAGGUCCGCCUCCAUUCGGUGCAGCUCCAGCUGGUGCUGAUGGUACUGCUCCAGUGCCUCGACAUGGUCAGUUCAUCCUCUCCUCACCGCACCCCCCUCAGGUGUCAGAGCUGUACUACCAGGAGUCUCACCCUGCUUACGACACGGCUCACUACCAACCAACCUGUUCCUACUACCAGUCUACGCUUCAUCCUUCCCACAAACCGUGCAUGGCUCGCUUUCUUCGAUCGGCCAACGUCUCAGAAUCCUCUCUGCCACCUUCAGCGGGUUACUCUUAUCCGACUGAGCCUCAGAUGCCACACCUGCCAUCUUCGUCUUCCUCUGGGUACCCAGCACCCCCCCACAGGGAUCGGAUUGGCGCUCCCGCCUUCCAUCCUCACCCGGGACAGCCGCAGUAUGGACCUCUGACACCGGCGCACGGUGUUUUUGCUCCUCUCUAUGACAGCAGGAGAGUUUGGAGACCUCAGCUCUACCACAGAGAGGACGCCAGGAGUAACUCGCUGCCUCCAGAGGUUUUGCGUUCCUCCGUCUACCAGCCUCCACUCAGGGAGAGGUUCAACUCUCUAGACAACUACUGUUCUGGAGCAGAGCAUCAUGCAGCACUGCACAGAGACUUUGGACGUGUUCCUCUUGGAUACGAGGGUCUUUACAAAAGGAAGCAGGACCAGUGGACUUCCAUUCAUCACCAUCACAAUCCCAGCAGGCCCUCCCAGUCUUCCCCAAUCUUCACUGAUUUUGGAGCGGAGCAUGUGGAAAGCAGCGGAGGUCAGUGUAUGGGAUGCAGGAUCAGAAACGAAGAAAGUCUGGCACACUACUCUCCGUGGUCCUAUGGGUCCACCGGGUCCUCCCUGAGCCCGUUUGAGCCUGAAGCUCUCACACACACAUCUGCUCACUCUUGCUCGAAGCAUCCGGAGUUGGACGGUACUGAAGGAGAAGCUGUCUCCAGGAAACAAUGGCUGCACACGUUGGAUAACUAUAGACGUUUGAAAGAGGAGGAUCCCAUCAUUCCCUUCAGCGAGGCUCCUAUUAUCUCCAAGUGGGGCGCCAUUUCCAGAGCAUCCCGCACGGCUUACCACAACACGGACCCGGUCCAAGCUACAUCCUGCCAGGGCGGUGCCAACACCACGCCCAUAAACUUUAAAGAUUACAACCACCAUUUGGAUCACGGUGACUAUAGAUGGGGCUCCAGGGGGUCUGAUUCUUCUAGCCACUCCAGUUUCCUUGAGAGUGAGCACCUUUGCACAUCAGAGCUAGAUGGCCGCCGAACUUCAAUAAGUGGGGAAAAAAUAGUGUCUGACCUGCAAGUUCGUCACCCCACCUUCAGCCAAGAUCGGAACCAAGCAGGGGGUGAGCAGGACCCUGAUCGGGACAUUGAGCUUGAACUGAGUGCUCUGGAUUUGGAGGAUUCAGACCAGCAUGAGACCAAUUUAGAGGAGUCCUUAAAUCUGCAUAGCCCGCCCUCUCAGGAUGCUUCCCACCUCCUCCCACCUCCCUGCUCAUCUCCACUCUGCUCCUCGCCUGUAGACGAACACUCCAAGACUCAACGUCUUACAACAGAAAAGGUGGAUCCUCACCUGCUGAAAAAAAUGGCCUUUAGGAAGUCUAUGUCUCCAGGGGGGUUGGCCUCAGGAGGUCUGGGCAUUGGGAAGUUGGUGCUGCGAACUGGACCUCCUCAAUUGGGCAAUGCCUCUAACAGGGUGUGUUCUGAAACACCUGGGACAGAGAUGCUGCUCAAUGGAAGCUAAGAAGACACAAAGUCUGACCUACACUGAGCUCAAGCUCAGCAGCUCUUAACCAGAUCCUGGUAAAGGGAAUAACACUUAUUUCCAGCCUUAAUAAUUAAGUGUCUAAAUAAGACCUGGCAAUUAUAGAUUUUUAGUCUUUGUAGUGAAGACAGAAAACAUGCUAAACUGCCCCAAAGUAGCAAUUUUAUAAAGAAAUAGUUGCUGAACCUGGUGGCAUUUCAGGGUUGGAAAGGCCACGUUAUCAGCACCUGAUUGGUCGCUUCUGAGAACCUUUGGCCAACCUUUUAGCUUCUUCUACUGCUCUAGCAUGCCUUAUUACAAACUCCCAGAAAGAAACCAUACAAAAAACCCAUUCACAGGUUUACUACUCAACAUUUUAGUCAUAAUGUUACUAAUACAUAUAUUUAAUUGUGAAAUAUUUUAUGUAUAUUUGGACAUCUAAUUCUGGGGGGAAAAAAACAUAUUAAUGGGCAGCGAUUUACAAAUGUGUAGAGUUGCUGUAUAUUUUAAAGCCUUUUUAAAAUUCUAACUAGACUUUGAAGGUUUCCGCUGAGGGAUUUGGUCAAGUUUAAUUUAAUUUAUUACAAUAUCCAAAACUUUUAAUACAAGUUCUGUUUUUCUUCUCGUAUCCAUAUUGGAACAUUUUUAGCCCUCUCAGGCCCAAAAAAAGUUUUGAUAAAAGGAGAAACAACUAAGUCCUUCAGGGUACCUCUAAGUUAAAAAAUGCUCAUGAAAUACGUAUGUGGAGUAACCUGGUAGGUUUCAACGUUGCAAAUCUGCAACGCCUGCCUCCAGAGGGUUAAGCUCCUUUUUGCUGUUUUUAAAAACCAAGUUCACUGAGAAACCGUUUUUUUCUUUUUACCUGUUAUUUUUUAACUCAUUUGCUGCCAGCCAUUUCCUGAUCGGUGAAGCCCUUUGCUGCCAGCGUUUCUCGCCGUUUUUACAGUUUUUUUAAAAGUCACAGAACGUUGCGCGCUAAAAUGAGGUCGACCCCAAACAACUAAAAUAAAGCGGAGACUCACCUCCUACAUCAUGAAGAAUCCUCGCGUUUCGAGCUUCAUCCGUUCUUUCAUAAUCCGUUGUUGUAUUGUGAUCGGCAGAAGCUUUUCUGGUUCGUGCCUCACUUUUUUUUUAUAGCAGUGGCCCAAAACGAUCUCCUAACACAAAGAUUUUCUGCUUCCUGAUCACGUGAUGUGUGACGUAUGUGGAUGAUCGGCUUUAGAGCUGAGAUGUUUGUUCUCACGGUGCUGGGGCUCGAUCUGAUGCCCACACAGUAAAAAAAUGCUAAUGACGACUUUAAUCGUGAUUGGCAGUGAAUGAGUUAAAGAUGAUUGGCAACUAUUAAUUUAACAAGCAGGCUAAAUUUGAAAGUAGGCCUCUACCCCUAUUUCUUGCAUUAAUCUCCGAUAAAAAACAGACCGGGUACUGUUUGGCUUAGAAAAGUCACUCAGAUCUGCAUUGUACUGUAAAAUUGCAGUCAUGGUCUCACCCAUCUAGACUUCCAACACAGGCUGUUGUUGAUAUAGUGCCCAGAAGAGAGCAGAGCUGAGCUACUAGAAGCUAACCGUUAACAUUAGCAACUCCACAACAUGGCAGAACUCUUUCAGGGUUGUGUUAUUCGUGUAGAUAAAACAUCAAUGCUGCAAAUGGAGUCAGUGGUAGAGUUGAGUCGUCGUUAUCCAAUCAGAGGUGAGAUGUUCGAAUAUCAGGAAGCAAGACUCCAAAUCCUGCUGUUUUCUGCUCCCCACUCCUGCGACUAACUUCUACUUCCUGAAACAAAAGCGCCAGAGCUUCUUUUCCAUGAAGAUAGUCUCACAAGGCAUUAAUUUAUGCUAGAGAACAUUGCAAAAUUAAGUGAACUUGGUCUUUAAUUUUUUUUUGCAUACUUAAACAGAUAAUGCAUGAUUUUGUAAUUUCUUUAACGAGUACAACUCUUUACAGCCACAUAAUAACCCAAAUCAGCCUUUCAAUUUUUUUCUCUUAUCUUUAUCCUCCUGUUCAAAUAUCAGCCACUAAUCCUGCUGAUUGUAGGUUAAAAUCAAUCUCCUGCAAAGUUUGCAAAACCUGCCACGCAUAAUCUUUAGCAUUGAACACAGUGGCCUUUCUGUCCUUAGCUUUGCUUCAGACAACCAACUCUUGUUAUUUUCUCUUAAAAACACAUAAAAUCAAACACUGGAAAUAACUUUUCUACAUCCUUAUGUUUCCAGUCAGGUCACUAUGUGUUUGCAGUAUUCUCUAGCUGUGUUAAUGUUUAACAACAUCGCCAACUAAUUUUGAGGAACACCAACUCCAAACUUUCUUAAUGUUCAAAUUUCUGUUUGACUUUUUGAAAAGUUUUUGGUUCAUUUUUAUUUUUAGUAACGCUAACUUCUGUGAAGUUGUUUGUUGAUGUGUUUUAUAACAGGAUGUUUCUCUUGUUUGCUUUUUUUUUUGUAGAGUUUUGUACUGAAGUUUAUUCCUGAUGGUGAAAUGAGCUGCCAUUAGUGAUCCAAACAUCUACUUCAGUCUUUUGUUACCAUACAUCCCUGCUGUGUUUCUUUUCUUUUUUAUAAUCAAGGAAAACAUCAUAUCUGUUGAUAAUUUCAUAAACAGUACGGAAACAUUCAUUAUUUUCAAAAAAAUCAGGAUAUAAAGUCAUGAAUUCUCCAAUUUUUUUUUUACUCCUGCGUCUGAUUAUUAAGAGAAUUUGUGAAAUAAAAUGAGGAUUGUCAGCUGAUACUUAAAAUUAGCUUUGUAAGAUAGCAAAGUUAAAAAUGGAGGGUUUCCUACUUUUAGGAAUAGAAAUAAGGAACGCCUUACUGGACUAACUAAAUUGUCAUCAGGGAAAAUGCUGAAACUAAACUUUAACUUCUCUUUUUUUUCUUCACUCAAUUGCAUCAAAUCAGCAAGCUAAGCUAGUAAUUUAUGCUAGCAAGACCGUGGUUCACUUGCACUGAAAUUUGCUUGCAGACUGAGAUCAUUGCUUGAUAGCAUUUAAUAUUGAUUAAAAUAUGCUAAAAAGUCCUGUUAACUGCCAUACAAAUUUGCUAGCAGACAAAUAAUUUUUGAGCUAGCAAAGCAUGCUGGGGAGUCCUUCCCAUUGAAUGGUUAGUGAUGUAUUCUCACGUGUCGAUUGAAGUGAAAUGUACAGCCAGGUUGAGGAGUAAAAACACAGCUUAGUAUAUAAUUUAUUUAUAAUCUACAAAGAAAUUUACUGUAAAUUUUAGAAUAUUAAACAGAUCACUUGUCUUAAAAGGAAUGUGCCAUUUUCUUAUUUAGGGGACUGUUGGAGACCCUAAGGCCUAGUGAGCGCUCUGGGUUAAAUCCUACAUUGACUACUCAGAAAAGCAAAAGGAGACGCCCAUGGUGACUUAUUGGAGUAAUGCUCAUUAGGAACGCGGCUUUUAGGUUUUAUUCUGACCGUAAAAGGCAAGGGCUGAUUUAGCUGUGAUUGAUUGCUGGAUAAGUUUGGCUACCUGCUGCUUCUGUUUACAACUUCACCUCUGAAGUCAUGUAAAGUCAAGUGCCACGCUGUGUACAGUACAAUCAAUCCCUACUGCUAUUUUUAAUCCCUACGUGGAGGACCGAUUGGCUCGGCGAAGGCGAGGAGCGACAUGCUUCUUUAGUGAUCGGUUCUUGUCUGUGGGAAUUGCUCAGGGAAGACUUCAUUUGCUUUGGCUCGCGUCUCAGUUGAGUGACGCUCUCACCCAAAACAUAAAUGGGCUGGUUUUAUUUUCUGAUUGCUAGUAUUGCUAUUGCUAUUUUCUUUGCUGGUAUUUUUUUAUUUCUCGGUAUAAAUAUUGGCUUUGCCAUCAGUGUUUUUAUUAAGGGCUGGGCACAUAUUGGGCUGUUUGUAGGAAAUAUAUAUACUGUUGAAGUGGUUUGCCCUGUUUACAGUAUUUAUACCUAUGGAGCAUUGCUGUCAUGGCUAAUUGCACUGAACUAACUCCCACCACCAUCACUGCCAGGGAGUCUACCCCCCCCCCCCCCCCCCCCCCCAAGCAUGCAUGCGGUAUAGUCCCUCUUGUGAUUGCAGAGGAGUUAUGAUGAUUCUGUAGUUGUGAUACAACACACCCAGCACUGUAAGAGUUCUCCACUGUGUGGUCGCGUCACGUGCUGAAGAAGUUUGCUUGCAGCUUUUUAAUUGCUUGCUCAUUAUCUUUAAUUAUCAUUUCUUAAAGGUUAUACUAUUAUUGUCAUUUUUAUUACUGUUAUAACCACAUUUGGUAGCUUUGUGACUUUUUUCUUAUCGUUCUAUAUCAGCUUUUUUUGUUUAGAAUUUUUUUCUUUUAAAAAACCAGACAAUGAAGCAUUUCAUUAAUUUAUGCUUGUUUGUUAACUGUGAAAUAAAUGAUGACUGAUGUUUUCUGAGUAUUCAUGUCUGUAUUAGACGUUUCAUUUGCAAAUCUAUUGUUUGAUUGAAAUGUAAAUGAAUUUUUAAAGAGAUGGUGCACAUCUGUCCUCGAAUACAGUCUGGUGCCAUCAUUAGAUGGACUUAUAUAGUCUUGAUGCUCAUUUUUACAACCUGUGCUACUCAGAUAAAUGUUUAAAGUUGUUGGAGUAGUUGUGUAAGGCUUCAGAACAAGGAAGAUUAAAUCCUUUGGGGGCACAACUUUUAAAAUGUCCCCAAAAUGAAUAUAAUACUGUUACGUAUUCCAUUUAUUUCCUUGGAAAUAUCACAUUGUGAAAGGUUUCCCUUUUACUUACUGUAUUUGUAAUGCAGAUGUGGAGUAAAGUCUAACCUAUGGUGAUGAUAAUUUAUUUGCUAUAAAUAAUAGAUGAAGCAGACUGAGUUUUGUUUUACUGACUGACUGAUAAUUCUGUUGUUAUCUGGCUCAUUCAGCGGUAUCACACUGACGUACAAAAAACGGCUGAGCAGGAAAUCACUUCUGUGUUGCACUCAGAGACAUAAAAAUGGACAUUACAGUACAUGGAACUGCAUGCUUUAAUAAAAGAUCAGCCAUU